AUGCCAGAGUCCUGUGAAAAACAGCCCGACAAUUGUUCACAUAUCGAAGGCUCCCAGAUCUCGACAAAGACAGAACCUGAUGGGGAACCUAUUCAGGGAGAGGUCUCCCACGAUGUUAAUCAUCCGCUCAAUUGGCCCCUUUGGCAACGGCAAUAUAUAGCUCUGCUGAUCUCAGUCCUUGGGUUCUCUGGACAGUUAAGCUCUGCAUUGAUCAACCCAGCUUUUAAGGUCAUGUCUUUGGAUCUUGGGGUAACCGUGCCACAAGCGUCCUACCUCACAACUGUUUUCGUUCUUUUUGGUGGUGUCGUCCCGAUGUUCGUUGUACCUUUCAGUAAUGUCUACGGGAGGAGGAUUCUCUACGUGAUAUUUGGUGCUAUUGCAGUCGCUGGCAACAUUGGCUCUGCUGCUGCUCCUACAUACGGGGGUGUGUUCGCAGGUAGGGUAUUUAAUGGCAUCGGCUCAAGUAUUCCCCUUGGGCUGGGACCGUCAACUAUUUGUGACUUAUUCCCACAAGAGCGUCGAGGGCUUUACAUGGGCAUAUACGUCCUGUUAGUUAAUAACGGGCCACAUCUGGCACCUAUAAUCGGAGGUUUCGUCACUGAAAAAAUCGGCUGGCGGUGGUGCAUUUGGAUCCCAACGAUAUUUCAAGGCUGCCUCUGGAUAAUUACCGUGCUGACACUCCCGGAAACCCUCUACUCCCAGAACGGUGAAAAUGUUAGCAACAGAGAGAAGAAGUCGUAUCUGAAAAAACUCCUUUUCCACGGCAAGAUCGUUGACCGGCCUAUUCGACUACGUGACUUCGGCGCGUCCUUCCGUAUGAUUAAGUAUGGGGCGGUCUUGCUUCCUUGCUUGUACUUCGGAACCGCAAAUACGUACGGUAGCAUUCUAUAUGCUGUUACCGGAGCUAAAAUCACCUCCGAGGUGUUCAAAUUCAACACUGGUCAGACAGGCAUGUUCAUGGGCAUUCCGCUCACAGUGGGAUGUACCAUCGGAGAAUUCGGGGCGGGGUGGGUUAGCGAUCUGAUCAUCAACAACUAUGCGGCGAGGCAUAAUGGCUAUCGAAAGCCGGAAGUGAGGCUUUGGUUGUUGCCGCUCUGCUCGCUGUUAUUCAUUGGGACAUCAGUGUAUGGGUACUGCAUUGAAAACGAAAAGCCAUGGAUCAUGGCUGCGGUAGCUUGUGCUGUUGCGGGAGUCGGUUCCCAGGUGGCGACAACAGUUGUUUAUACGUACAUCACGGACUCGUAUAAGCCUCAAUCUGGGGAGGUUGGUGCUGUCAUCAACUUGAUAAAGUCUCUUUACGCCUUUAACACUGGGUUUUAUGCCCUUCCUCUUUCGGAGGCCAUUGGAUAUGAUGCUGCAUUCGGUUUGCUUGCAGGCAUCAACGCUCUCACGCUGCUACCUCUCAUCUAUCUCAUCUAUGGUGGAGAAUCUCUCCGUGCGAAACAAGGAAUUCCAAGUAUUCAAGGGGAGCUUUAG